AAACUAUAAUAUAUAUCUCAUAUUACCUAACUUCUACAUACUUCUUCUCACUAACCAUAAAUUUUAGAAUUAUUUUAUUUCUUUUCAUUAUUCAUUUAUUUCUGUAUCCCUUAUCUGUUUUAAUACCUAUUUACGUAUGGGCUUAUAGCAAUAACAGUUUCUGUAUAUGACAUGUAAAUAGGAACAUGUUUACUGAAGCUGUACACAUAUUGACAGAGGGUAUCUUGAAAGUCAACGUACUGAAGUAUGAAGCCCUUCAUAUAGAGAGCUUGUCCUCAAUUACUUAUUUGAACUUACUAAGAGAGCAAAUAAUCCGCUAUCUACAGUGAAUCUUACAAAGAUAGUGUUGAUCAUGCUUACAAUCUCGCUGUUAUAUCCUAUGUUAACUUUAAUGUCACUGCACGGAGCUCGGGUCACACACAUUGCAUUAAUCAUGCUGCUUGCGCUUAUUAUUCACAUAACUGUAAUUUUCCAAUGAUUCAAGGUAUAUAAUGUAUUUAGAUAGCUAGGUCAUCAAUCAUGGUGUUUAUUAGUUCAGAAUAAAACGAAAAUAUGUUUCAUUUAAUGUGUUGCCGUAUCAUGCUCAAAUAAAGACCGGAUGCUUUAUUAUUAUUGAAAGAAUCCUGUGGAAUCCUGGAUUUUUGCUCCUACUUCGGAGUUUGCUACAAAUCAGUAUACUUACUAUAGAACACACGCUUUUAUUAGAUUAGUACACUUGUAACCUUGUUGCUAUUAUAUGUAGUGGGAUAUUUAGUGGCUGGGGCUCCAGAGUGUAUCGUGCCAGCUAGCUAGGAACUUGUUAAGUGUGUGUUUGUGGCAUGUCACCAGAGGAGGGGCACAGUGAGGGAAGCGAUGGCGAGUGCUGCGUACUCCUGGACCUCAGCGGCACUAUGUCACUCGCUGUUGACAGGUUGACCGAAGAAAAGGAGAGGACGCCUUGCCUGAACGUAGAAAAUAACAGCCAAGAUAAAAUGUUGAGCUCGAAACGUCGAAUACUGCUGGAUGUGUUAUUCGUGUGCUGGGGGCUGGGAACCUGGCUGGGAGUCAAUGGCUUCUUCGUACAGCUGCCGCUGCUCGUGGAGCGCCUCCCGGAGGGGUGGAAGCUGCCGUCGUCGAUGUCUGUGGCCAUUCAGGUGGCAAACGUCGGCAUGCUUGUGUACGCGGCUUUGCGCAAGUGGAUCCCGCGAAUGACAGACGCCGUGUUCAUAUACGCGUUGCUGGCCAUCGGUACGGCGGCUCUGUUUCUCAACGCGUUCCUAUAUGCCGAGACGGUGGAGGUGGGUGGCUCGCAGCGCUCGGUCGCCUUCCUCGUGCUCACCUUCUGCGUGGCCCUGGUCGGCUGUACGAGCUCCGUGCUGUUCUACCCGUACCUGAGACAUUUCCGGGAACUGUACCUGGCCACGUACCUGGUCGGAGAAGGACUAAGCGGCUUCAUUCCGUCAAUCCUGGCGCUGAUCCAAGGUGUCGGCGGCGAGCCCGUCUGCGUUCCAUCGGCUGACAACUCGACGAUGCAGGCCGUGUACCCGGCGCCCCUGUUCAGCUCGACUGUGUUCAUCGUGGUGCUGGGCUUUCUGUCCACGCUCAGCCUGGCCAGCUUCACCGUGAUACACAACUACUCGGGGUUCUCGUCGGAGCGCGUGCGCGAGUGCGAAGCUGAUAAGGAGGAGGAGGCGUCGAUGCCGGCGGAGGCGCUGCUGCUACGCAAGUGGGUGGGGCUGAUGCUGCUGAUGGCGGGGCUGAACGCGCUGUUCAACGGCGUGAUGCCGUCCGUGCAGACGUACUCGUGCCGGCCGUACGGCACUCACGCCUACCACCUGGCCGUGACGCUGGGAGCCAUGGCCAACCCGGUGGCGUGUCUGGCGGGCGUGUGGCUCCGACCGGUGCGAGGCCGCGUGCUCGCCGCCAUGUUGUCUGCGGCGGGAGCCCUGCUCGUCUACAUCCUGGUCACGGCCGCCAUGAGCCCCGCGCCGCCGCUGCACUCCACUCCGUUCGGCGUCGUGCUCAUUGUCGUGUGUUGGGUGGCGGCCAGUGGACUCAUAUCGUACGCCCGCAUGUGGCUGUACGGUUGGGCGCGACGCGGAGGCGCGCGAGGAAUGCGGCUGUGUGGCGCCGCGGGCCAGGCGGGUUCCGCCCUAGGCAGCCUGCUGCUCUACGUGCUGGUGAACCACGUGCACGUGUUCCACGAGGCCCUGCCGUGCCCCGAGCCGCUCUAACACCAGCAGAUCUGACCGGACACGUGCCGUGGAAUAUAUUGAAGUGCCGUGUGACACUAACGAUAAUAACGGAGUUUCAAAUAGGAUCUCGCCGGCGCGGGAACGAUGUGUCGCGUUGGUGAAUGUCGGGAAGGUGUAUUGUAGAUGCUAACAAAUUGUUAUUGGAUUUACAUGAAACAGGCGCAAGGUAUCGCUCUAGAUUGUAAUUUAUUUUUAAAUGUUUAACAUUUGACCGCUUUGUUGUUGCGUGAUGAUAUUAAAUAAAAAUAAUUCGCGGCUGUAACCACCAUAUGACUUCUUGUGCCACUGUCACUAUUAUGUCAGUGUCAACCCUAUGACGUCUCGUGUCACUGUCACUAUUGUGUCAGUAUCACCCUCUGACAUAUUGUGUCACUGUCACUAUUAUGUCAGUGUCACCCUCGUCUUGUGCCACUGUCACUAUUAUAGUUACCACCGGAACGUCAUAAUCGCGUGACAACAAAACAAUUAGUAAAAUUUUGUAUAAUAGUUAGGGUUAGCUACGGAAUAAUUAUUAAAUAUUUGACUUAAGACAGAGAGGUAGUGCUAAGUGAUAUACGGAGUUAGAGUUAUAUAAUUUUACUGUUCAUAACACCGGGCUAAGCACGCAAUACAAAUAAUAACAAACUAUUUAUUCAAUGUUAUUUAUAGCGACGUCCGAGUAAACCAUAGCGGGGUACUAUGUUCAUUUUUGCUAGAUGACACAUUAAUUUUAACAACGUAUUUAUCAUUUAUUAAACGUUACUGCCAAUGCAGUGAGUCUCAUUUAUUUUAUAAUUUAUAUAUUGUAUCGUACCUUCACUCAAAAUGCAGCAGUGUAUCAGGAAUUAGUUGUUAGCUUAUGUUUCUAGUAGUAACAGGGGCGUGCAUUGGUUUUCUAGGAAGGUAAGCACUUUACAUACAAGUAAAGUACCCGACAUGCGGAGAACGCUCCUACUAUUCGAGCAUUAGGUCUGAUCGGCGACUUGCUCACUCAGUGUGACAUUGAUUUAUUUUCGGACAAAUUUCAAACAAUUGUUAAUGACGUGCAUAUUAUGUUGAAUACUUGAAUUAUAUAUUAAUAACUUUUUUAUUUAAUUUAAUUAUUGACUUAGAACUUUGGACUUAUUUUAUUUGAUUAUUUGGCGCUAUGGACACUAUUUGAUUUUAUAUAAUUUACAUUAUUUAUAUUAUCUUUAAUUUAAAAUCGAAUUUUAUUAUAUUAAUUGUAUUUUUGGGACUAGCUUGUAAACGCUUUGGGUAAAACUGUAAGUUUACAGGUUUAUAUAAUAAAUAAAUAAAGUAAACCUUAAUAAUAAAAUAAUUAGGUUAUGCACACAUAACAUGAAGAGAAUGACGUUGUGAUUUACUCUGGAGAUGCCAAUUUAGUGGUUUUACCAGUUAGUAAGCUAAAACAUACCGGGUGUGCAAUAGAAACUGUAUCACUAGUGCUAUAUAUUAUUAAUUUAGGUUCUUAUUAAAGAAGGCACUGCCUUAAUGCCUAUAUGGAAUGCACGCCCCUGAGUAGUAUGAGCUUAUAAGGUUU